AUGGCUAUUGGUCCCAAACUCAUGCGCGCCAUCGUGCGUAACGAUGCGAUGCGGGAAGACCCUCCCGAGAUCUAUGGCUGGCGCGUCUUCGCCUUGGUCUUUUCUGCAUGCUUUGGCGGCAUGCUUUUUGGCUGGGAGACUGGUGCCAUCGGCGGCGUACUUGCAAUGAACCCCCUGCAGGAGAAAUUCGGCUAUGGUCAAAAGUCGGCCUCGGAGAAGGCCACGCUCGAUCAGAAUAUCGUCUCAACAUUGCAGGGAGGAGCCUUUCUGGCCUGCUUUCUCACCAGCUGGCUGGGAGAAAGGUUUGGCCGUCGGCGGUGUCUUAUCGGUACCGGAACGGUCACAGUUGUCGGCGUUGUCUUCCAGGCUUGUUCUGCCAUCAACGGCACCCUUGCUGUAAUGUACGUUGGACGUUUCGUCUCUGGACUCGGUGUUGGAGCAGCUUCGUCUCUCGUUCCACUGUACGUCUCAGAGUGUGCUCCUCGUGCUAUUCGUGGUGGCCUCAUUGCCUGCUACCAACUCCUCCUUGUCACCGGUAUCAUGCUGGCUUUCUGGGUCAAUUACGCAUGCCUUCUACACCUCACUGCCCCAGCCAUUUACAUCUUGCCUCUAUCAUUCCAGGGUCUUCCAGCUAUUAUUCUCAUCGCAGGAAUGUGUUUUUGCCCCGAAAGCCCCCGCUGGUGUGCUCGUAAGGACGACUGGGAGAGCACCAAACAGAUCCUAAUCAACCUUCGCGGUCUCCCAGUCGAUCAUGAGUAUGUCCAGGAAGAGAUUCGCGAGAUUGCGGAGCAGCUUGAACAUGAGCGGCAGCUCGUGGGCGGCUCCUCUACCAAAGACCUCCUCAGAGAGCUCGUCACGAUCCCAGGUAAUCGCAAGCGUACCUUCAUUAUCUUCAUGCUCAUGGUCUGGCAACAAAUGACUGGUGUAAAUGCCGUGAACUACUAUGCCCCCCAGAUCUUCAAGAACCUUGGUAUGACCGGCACCGAAGCCUUUUUGUUUGCUACCGGCAUCUAUGGAAUUCUCAAGGUGACUGGUGUUGCCAUCUUCCUCAUCUUCAUGGCCGACUCUCUUGGCCGCCGUGCUAGUCUGCUCUGGACCAGUGCCGCCAUGGCCUUCACCAUGUUCAUUGUUGGUAUCUACGGGAGGAUCGAGCCCCCUAUUGCGGGAAAGCCUAUUUCACCUUUCGGUUACGUUGCCAUCGUGUGCAUCUACCUUUGGGCUGCUUUCUACCAUUCGGUUGGGGUCCAUGCCCGUGGAUCCUCAUGUCCGAAAUUCCUUCAGCGAGACUCCGAACCUUGA